AUGUAUUCGCUCUAUGUCGUCACUCCCACGAAUCCUCGACCUCCUCGUUUGGCCGACUUGACCCGUUUGUCGCAGACUCUUCGACAAGUUUCCAGCUUAUAUUGGGUGUUGGUGGAUGAUGCUGAGAAGCCAUCAGUACAGGUUCAGCAGCUUCUUCGUCAUAGCAAAAUAGAACACACCUAUCUUACUUAUCAAAAAGAGUUCACUGAUUUAAAUUGUCCAGAAGGAUUCAGAGACCCAAAAGGGCAACUUCGUCGUUUGGCCAUUCAGUGGAUCGUCGAGCAUGCGCAUAAUGGAUCAGUGAUGUUUGUUUUGGAAGACAGUGUUGUUGACCUCCAACUCUUUGAGGAGGUCAAAUUAACUAAAGGCAUAUCUGUAUGGCCUGUCGGAUUAACCUCACCAAUUGGUAUUAGCACUCCAAUUAUAAGUAAAGGCUACGUCACUGGAUUUCAUCCACCUAGUUCCUUGUCGUCAAAUAACAUACCAGCAGACAUGAUGGGAUAUGCCGUUUCUGUCCAACUACUGCGACAACACCCUCAAACGACCUUUCAUUGUUCUGAUGAAAGUCCAGAAGAACAGUUUCUACAGCGUCUUGGAGCCAGAUUUGAUAAUAUUGAGUUGAAAGCACAGAACUGCACUGAAAUAUACGUAUGGCGAACCCGAACAAAAAAGUUAAAAUGGCCAGAAAAAGUCAACAUGCUGAAAGAAGGUAAUCACCAGUUUACAAAUCUACCAACCUUAUACCUCAAUGUUCUGGAAAACAACAGACCCUAGAGGUACCUCAAGUGAUAAGGAAUUUUUUCAUUUGGUUGGAUAAACAACAAGUAGUGUGAUUAUAUGAACCGGUAUAAAUGUGUCAUUAGAUGAAA